UGAAUUAUGUCUUAUGAAGAGUGUAAAAUAUCCAAGUUGAAGUUCAAGACGGGCGCUGGCGUGGUGAAGAAGAAGAAAAAGAGUAAGAAACCUAAGAAUGAACUAGUUCAAGUAAAGGACCCCGACUCAGACUCCGAGGAGUAUGAUGGCUGGUGGAACAUGAAAACAGGUGAAGUUUUCGUCACCAGUUCAAUUGUCGCAAUACAACAAGGUGAUCUAAGACAGUUUUGGAGGGCUCUCGACAACGGCAAGAUCGUGUUAGGGACUCCUCGUGCAAUGGGGGAAGGACCAGCUCCUGAGGAACAAUUCACAGUUAUAAAGACAGCAGACACGAAUAAAUUUGGUCUGAAGACUGGAUUCAUGAAGUACAUAUCUGUGGCGAAAGAUAACACGCUUCAGGGAAUCGCAGACGCAAUUGGACCACGCGAAUGUUUCGAAGCUGUUUUUCAGGAAGGAAAGACUGCUUUGACUUGUGGAAACAGUUGCUUUGCCAGCAUAGAAACAAACAGCUUUGCCUCUGAGUCAUCCUCCUCGUCCUCCUCUUUAAAGCAGCCAGUUAAUGCAUCUGCUUUCAAAGUGUCGGAGAGAGAACACGUGUCUCUACGGACGAACCUGGACAGAAAUCGGAAGCCGGAUCCCUCGGAACAGGACGUGGACUUCGGUAGACUGGAUGUGGCAGAGCUCAGUUACGUGAAGAAGUUUCAAAGCUUUCAGGAUCGAAGGAUAAAGAUCAACCCGGGAGACAGCUCGAACCUUGAGAAGGCACGCGAAGACGGAAAGCUACACGAGGCGCUGCUAGACCGGAGAUCUAAAAUGAAACACGACAAAUUCUGCUGAACCACACUGAACAUUUGAGAGGUUUUGGUUGAACUGCAGAGAAGGACCGAGAGUCAAGUGUCUAAAAGCUGAGAGCAGCAAAUCUGUUUUGCCACAAUCAGAAAAUUAUGCUGCCCUUACAUGGUUGAGGAUAAUAAAACCAUGACUUUAAUUAGAUUCUGGCUGAAAAAAAAAAACGUUUCACUCAUCGUUUAAGCUUCUACACAUUUGCUCAACUUUUUUUUC